AUGUUGAGAGAUAACAGCAGUAAAUAUGAUAUGCUUUUCUUCCAUUCCUACACUAUUCUCGAUGCAUUGGAACUGUCGAAAAAUGAUUCAAAUCAGAUUUAUGUGGUCAUGCUCUAUAUAGAUAGACUUUUGGAGGAGAAAGUUGAAGGGUUUGAUCUACAUCUUGAGACACUGCGAGACCUCAAAGAGAAUGAAUCAUUCUUCCGGAAUAUGGUAUUGCUGGGUGACUCGUAUUAUAAGACGAACGCAUCGGAAUACGAGGAAAUCAAAAGAAAGUAUUCUGGUGCUAGAUCUGGUGCACUUUUCAAUUAUUUCGACUUACUUGGAACCUUUUAUCAGAAUAGAUUCUCGUCGACUUGUGAAAUAAUUGAACGCGGCAUUUCGCAGAUCAAAAAGUUCAGUGACAACGAGUUUAAUGCUCUGUUGAAGUUUGUGAAAUUGGCAAUGAAUAUCGACAGGAAUGAACAGUAUGUUGUUGCUACAUCACUAGGCAAGUCGAUGACAGAUGAAGAAUGUUCGGAACUAUGGAAUCACUGGAAUCUGGAGGGAAAAAAGAAGGAAAUGGUAGAAGUUGUUAAGGCGAUGCAUGACAACUUUAAUUUGAACUCAUGUGGAAUUUGA